UGGUGGGGCGGGUCUGCCCCGUCAGCCAGGACCGAGCUUGGGCACUGGCUGGGCAAGUCCCCGGCGGGUGCUCGCCAGCUUGCCGGUGCUUGUAUGAGCUUGUGACACUUCCCCGUAGCAGAGUUGGCCCCAAAUCCGCCUCUUCCCCGGUCUAGGGAUCUGCUGCACCGAAAUGAUUCUGGGAAGUCCCGAGAAUGGCCUACGGUGCUGUUGGCUGGGUCCCAGGCCACUGGUACCCAUGUGCAGGGCUCGCUCUUUGCACCUCUGGUAAUGCCCAGAAAAAUGCAGCUCUGCUUGCCUGAGCAGCAAGAUUUCUCCACCUUAACCAAGCCCUUGUUCUUGAGCCUUCCCAGAAAACAAGGCCUGCAGCUGAAGUGUGUGAGAGAGACAGAGGGCCCCCCACAGUGAUUGACCCAGAACUGCCUGUAGGAGAAUGGGAAACGAGCAAAACUCUUCACCCUCUGGUGGAUCCGAUUUCACAGAAAGAAUGUUCUCCCCAAGCAACGAGGGGGGCUGCCGUACUUCAGGAACUUGUGGGGUACUAGAGUUGCAUCCCAUCAUGUCUGAAGGAGAAGCCAAGCAGGUUCCCAGCAGUGGCUCAGACACAAAGCCAGAAUCCACAUCUUCUGGGCCAGGAAUGACCUCCAUGUCUCCACCAGUGACUUCUGCAGCUCCAGCAGCACCCCAGGAGGAGGAGGAAGAGGAGGAGAGUGAAGAUGAGUCUGAAAUCCUUGAAGAAUCUCCUUGUGGACGGUGGCAAAAGAGACGUGAAGAGGUGAAUCAGCGCAAUGUCCCUGGGAUUGAUAGUGCCUACCUGGCGAUGGAUACAGAAGAAGGUGUGGAAGUUGUUUGGAAUGAGGUUCAAUUUUCUGAGCGCAAGAAUUUUAAGCUUCAGGAGGAGAAGGUUAAAGCUGUCUUUGACAACCUGAUCCAGCUGGAACACUUGAAUAUUGUGAAAUUCCACAAGUACUGGGCUGAUGUAAAGGAGAACAAGGCCAGGGUGAUUUUCAUCACUGAGUACAUGUCCUCAGGCAGCUUGAAACAGUUCCUGAAGAAGACAAAGAAGAACCACAAGACAAUGAAUGAAAAGGCCUGGAAGCGCUGGUGCACCCAGAUCCUCUCUGCUCUCAGCUACCUCCACUCCUGUGAUCCCCCGAUCAUCCACGGCAACCUGACCUGUGACACCAUCUUUAUUCAGCACAAUGGACUGAUCAAGAUUGGGUCAGUCUUUCAUAGGAUUUUUGCUAAUGUGGCACCAGACACCAUCAACAACCAUGUGAAGACGUGUCGUGAGGAGCAGAAGAACCUGCACUUCUUUGCCCCAGAGUACGGAGAAGUCACCAAUGUCACCACUGCUGUGGACAUCUACUCCUUCGGGAUGUGUGCACUUGAGAUGGCGGUGCUGGAAAUCCAGGGUAAUGGUGAGUCAUCCUAUGUGCCCCAGGAGGCUAUUAACAGCGCCAUCCAGCUGCUGGAGGACCCCUUGCAGAGGGAGUUCAUUCAGAAGUGCCUGGAGCUGGACCCUGGGAAACGUCCCACUGCUCGGGAGCUCCUCUUCAACCAAGCUCUGUUCGAGGUGCCCUCCAUGAAGUUACUGGCUGCUCAUUGUAUCGUUGGACACCAGCAUAUGAUUCCUGAAAACGCUCUAGAAGAAAUGACCAAAAACAUGGACAUGAAUGCAGUGCUGGCAGAGAUCAACCACACAGACAGAGAGGGGGUCAAGAUGAUCUUCUCCCAGUCCCCGGCACUGGAGCUGGACAAGUUCCUGGAGGAUGUGAGGAACGGCAUCUACCCACUCACAGCCUUUGGGAUGCCUCGGCCCCAGCAGCCCCAGCAGGAGGUGGUGAAGUCCCCCAUUGUCCCCCCGUCAGUGAAAACCCCAACGCCAGAACCUGCUGAGGUGGAGACCCGCAAGGUGGUGCUAAUGCAGUGUAACAUUGAGUCAGUGGAGGAGGGAGUCAAGCACCACCUGACGCUGCUGCUGAAACUGGAAGACAAAUUGAAUAGACACUUGAGCUGUGACUUACUGCCCAAUGACAAUAUCCAGGAGCUGGCGGCCGAGCUGGUACAGCUGGGGUUCAUCAGUGAGGCCGACCAGAACAGACUCACCUGUUUACUUGAAGAGGCGUUCAGCAAGUUCUUCUAUGCCCGGAACGGAGCCCUGACGGCGGUGACCGUGUCAUCCUAGCAGCCCCUCCAAGGUGGCCGGCCCAUGACCCUUUUCAGAGUCUGUCCAUCUGUGUAGGGCACCAGCGAGACCCUAGACGCUGCGCUUGGAAGCUCAUCCUGCAUGUGCCGUCGCCAGGCCCAGCGACAGUCUGCCCUGCCUGCCUAUUAAAGGGGACUUUGCGAGUCAGUA